AUGACUCGUCCGUAUAGAUUUCUAUCAACUGCUGUCAACUCAUCGUCGAAGGCGGCGGCAGAAUCGCCGGAGGCAGUCUCUGUUGAAUCAGAUUUCGUCGUCAUCUUCGCUGCUCUACUAUGUGCUUUGGUUUGUAUCGUAGGUUUGAUAGUCGUAGCUCGAUGCGCCUGGCUCAGACGCAGAUCUCUCGCCAAUAGCUUACCUGGCCAACAGUCUGCUAAUAAAGGAAUUAAGAAGAAGUUCAUUGACGCGCUUCCGAAAUUCAAGUACGAUUCAGCCAAGGACGACAACGGCGGAAAGCUUUCCUCCGGUGAUUGUGCGUGUGCGAUCUGUUUGACGGAGUACGCAGAUGGAGAUGAGAUCAGAGUGCUCCCGCAGUGCGGACAUGGAUUUCACGUCGGAUGUAUCGACAAGUGGCUUGGAUCUCACUCUUCUUGUCCGUCGUGUAGACAGAUUCUGGUGAUUAGUAGGUGUAAGAAGUGCGGCGAGUUCCCGACGCUUUCCGCCGGAAAAAUCUCGUUGGUGGUUGAUCAUGGAGGGAAGUUGGGAUGCAAUUCAAGAAUUUGA